CCUCAGUAAUUUCAUUUUUAGAUAAAUGUUCACAAGUGAUUAGUGAAUAAGUGACUGAUCUCUAUCCAUGAACUUACUCGGAAAUUCCACGUGCAAGCUCGCGCUAUCGGUAUUCGACGCGAGUGAAAACAAUUACUACAGUAGUGAUAAGGAUUCAAUGAAUCUUCACAUCUCAUAAUUUAGCCCUGUCUCAGACCAGUCAUACUGAAAUCAACUUUCUUCCAUUUGAGGGGCAGUUUGGAAAAAUCCACGAAAAUGGACUUUGCACCAGUUUAUUUUAUGCUCGUCAUUUUUUUCCACCCAACGAUGAGUCAAUUCGACACGAGUAUGAGUGAAGACAGGCGGGUCAUCGUCCAUUUGUUCGAGUGGCCUUUCGACGCCAUCAAAGAGGAGUGUAAGAAUGUCCUCGGCCCCCAGAAAUUUGGAGGUGUUUUGGUUGCGCCAAUUGCCGAGAAUUUGCUGGUCCAAUCGAGUGGAGGUGUCAGAAGGCCUUGGUGGGAAAUUUACCAACCACUGUCUUGGAAUAUUCAAACUAGGAAAGGAAAUGAACAGCAAUUUAAGGAGAUGGUAGAGGUUUGCAACAAAAACAACGUCAGGGUGUAUGUGGACGCCGUUUUCAACCAUGCGGUUGGUCGUGUUUGGGGUGGAGAUUCUGGUGACGUGGUCGGCGUUGGUGGCACCCAUGCGAACACGAAGACAGAGGACUACCCUGGUCUUGGUUAUACCGAGGCUAACUUCCACAAACCUUGUCAAAUGAACUUCAAUGACAAAACUUCGGUCCGAUAUUGUACAUUGUAUGAUCUUGAGGACGUGGAUCACAAUCAAGGACACGUUCAACAAAAAAUCGCGUCUUUCUUGAACAAAUUAAUAGAUUUUGGGGUCGCUGGAUUUCGGAUUGACGCAGCUAAACACAUGUGGCCUGAAGAUUUGCGUAAAAUAUACGGUAUGUUAAAAAACGUAUCGGUAAACGGAGUACCAAGUAAAGGGUGCAUCUGGAUGCUCGAAGUGAUUGAUGAUAACGGCGAAUAUCAAGGAGAUUAUAAAAAUGUUGGUGCGGAAUAUGAUUUUGAGUGUCUGAAACCGAUAACUCAAGUCUUCAAGAAGGGCGAAUCAUCCAUGUCCAAUAUCAAUAACUGUGCCAAGUACCCAAGAUACCUGAGCCAAAAAGUAGUAGCACUCACUGCAAAUCAAGAUACCCAGCGUGGAACUUGGCCAAACGGAUUUUCAAAUUCUGAUAGUAAUGGAAUUCAGAGGGGAAUUGACGCUUUUAUCUUGGCAUAUACCAAGGAUAUUCCAAACAUCUUUUCUGGGUACAGCUACAAAAAUACGAAUUCUGGACCACCUAUGGACGAUUCUGAAAAAAUAACCUCUCCGCUCAAUUGCACUAACGGCUGGACCUGUGAGCACAGGUUCCCUCCUCAUCAAUGGAUUGUGAAAUUUUUCACAAACUAUGUCCAAGAUGCGCCAGUUGAGAACUGGCAAAGCAAUUGGGACGAUGGGACCGAACUUCAAGCGGCGUUCACGAGAGGAAAAAAAGGUUUUGCUGUCUUCAACGCAGAUACAAAAACACUGAAACAUACUUUUAAAGUACCGCUCUCAUCCGGUGUGUACUGUGACUUGGCGACCGGAUAUUACAGUUCUGAACAUCGAACUUGCAGAGGCACAAGUGGAAUAACGAGUAGAAAGGUUGAGGUAAAAUCGGACGGCACCGUUGAAGUGUCUCUCCCUGGGAUGGCAAGAUCAUCAUCGGUCAACUUGAGAGACACAGUAGCUGAGCCUGCAUAUCUCGUCAUCAGUGAUCGGUCGAAGAUUCUUUGAGAAGAAAAUGAAUGCGUCCAUCACGGACAGAAUAAGUUUGACCGUCUUUUUCGAUUCGAAGCUAUAAGGCUUUCAAAUUGCACCGCUGGCCAAUGAGUGGACUAUGAAAGGUAUCGACCACACCAUUUGAACAUAGGUGGAUCCAGGCACUUUUACAAGAGGCUAAUUUCAUUUAAAGUUCCGAACCUUCUUAGGAAGUUCUGUCCCAGUUUGUCUCAUCAAUCACCAUCACCAGAGGACACCGUUGUUACCAGAUUCGACCAAUCAGGUCCGUUGGUUUUCGAUAGGUCGAACUU